AUGGGUGACAUGGAGCGUGAUCAUGGCAUUAAGCUAAAAUACGAUACAACUCUGAGGUCUCAAAACGCCGCCUACGACUUCAUUUAUGGAGAUCAUAAGAAAUCCUGGGAACUUUUGCCGGCGUGUUUUCAUAUGUCGAUGAAGGAAAAUCCUGGAACAUCGGCAUACAUUGAGACUGAUAAAGAUGACGUGUUUGAGUAUGCUUUCAUUUCUUUUAAUGCGUCUGCAGGCUUCCUCAGUUAUUGUCGGCCUGUUAUUGUGAUUGACGGUACGCAUUUGAAGGGUAAGUAUAAAGGCAUCUUAUUUGUAGCAACUACAAAGGACGGAAAUGAACAAAUUUUCCCUUUGGCAUUUGGUAUCGGCGAUAAGGAAUGUUAUAGUGCGUGGAUGUGGUUUCUCCAAAAGCUUCGCUCCACUUUCGGAUGUCCGGAAAAUUUAGUAAUUGUUUCUGAUCGCCACCCGAGCAUAAAGUCUGCUAUGGAGGUUGUCUACCCUGAAGCCGUACAUGCCAUAUGUUCCUACCACCUUCGAUAA